UUUGCAAUAUAAGGCCAUCGUUUUACUCUACUUCGUUUCGCUUCGCCAACGCAGUCAUCGUCUUGUUCAAGGGACGACAAGUAAUUUCUAAGCAUCAACAAUGUCAGGUGAUGAGGCUCCUGUGCCGGUUGAGACAGUUGCAGCCCCUCUUCCAGGGGAGGCCAUGGACAUCAUGACUGCCUUGCAGCUCGUGCUGAGAAAAUCGCUUGCCCAUGGUGGGCUUGCUCGAGGCCUUCAUGAAGGUGCAAAAGUGAUUGAGAAGCAUGCUGCCCAGCUUUGUGUACUGGCGGAGGACUGCAAUCAGCCCGAUUAUCUCAAACUGGUUAAAGCACUUUGUGCUGACCACAGCGUAAACUUGAUGACAGUUCCUAGUGCUAAGUCCCUUGGCGAGUGGGCUGGUUUGUGCAAGAUUGACUCAGAGGGGAAGGCUAGAAAAGUAGUUGGCUGUUCUUGUGUCGUUGUGAAGGAUUUUGGUGAGGAUCAUGAAGCUCUUCAUAUAAUUCGGGAGCAUGUCAAGUCUCACUGAGUAGCUAGCUCUUCAUAUGAUUUGGUGGAGUCUCCCCCUAGGGGUUUUGUCGAGUGUUUACUAGUUAUUACAACUUCCAUGUUUAUCACUGUUUGCUUUGAACACAGUAUUUAAUGCAUGCUACUGCUUUUUUUCGUUUUA